AUGAAAAUUCUAUUUCAUUUGAAACAAAAAAAAAGAAAUUUAGAAAUUUCGGAAUCUCAGAAUCUCAGAAUCUCAGACUCUCAGAAUCUCAGAGUCUCAGAAUCUCAGAAUCUCAGAAUCUCAGAAUCUCAGAAUCUCAGAAUCUCAGAAUCUCAGAAUCUCAGAAUCUCAGAAUCUCAGAAUCUCAGAAUCUCAGAAUCUCAGAAUCUCAGAACCUCAGAAUCUCAGAAUCUCAGAAUCUCAGAAUCUCAAUAUCUCAAAUUCUCUGAAUCUCUGAACCUCAGAAUCUCAGAAUCUCAGAAUCUCAGAAUCUCAGAAUCUCAGAAUCUCGGAAUCUCAGAAUCUCAGAAUCUCAGAAUCUCAGAAUCUCAGAACCUCAGAAUCUCAGAAUCUCAGAAUCUCAGAAUCUCAAUAUCUCAAAUUCUCUGA